AUGGUCGUGAAAGCUGCAAAGAAACCCGCCGUUAAGGGGCCAUCAAAAAAGCAACCCUUAAGGUUUACGAUUCAGUGCUCGGCGGAAGUUGUGGACAAAGAUAUUAUUGACUUCGCAUUUUUCGAAAAGUACCUGAGGGAACACAUUAAAGUCGAUGGCAAGGUCCGAAAUCUCGGCAAAGAUGUUCAUGUGGAACGUGAAAAGUCAACCAUUCACGUUAUCGCUUCCAUUCCUUUCUCAAAAAGGUAUCUAAAGUACCUCACGAAGCGUUUUUUGAAACUUCAUAACCUUCGUGACUACCUUCAUGUCAUUGCUACAAGCAAAACCACGUACGAGUUGAAGUUCUUCAACUUCGACACCGAGGAGACUGAUGACGAAAGCUAA